AUAGACGGGACCCCUUUGACCCCUUUCCCAUAUCCCCUCCCUCCGCUCCUUCUCUCUCUGUCCUCCUUUCAGACCCCCUCCCUUCUUGCUCGUCUCGCCGCGUCAUAGUUGUACCUCGCGCCCGCCGCCAAGACCGCACCAAGUGUACAAAACUGGACCACAGAGAACCAGAGAAAACACUCCAAUAAGCACGGCGCGUUACCGAGAACAGAAAACUACCAAGGGAAGGGGGAGUGGAGAAUUCGGAGGGCGAACGACCGGUGGGAAUACCCAACAAAUACCGAGCUGACGAUGAGUCGCAGCAUCGUACGACAGAGUAAGUUCCGGCACGUCUUCGGACAGGCGGGGAAGACAGAGCAGGGAUAUGAUGACAUACGCGUUUCCAAAGUGACGUGGGACAGCUCGUUCUGUGCUGUCAACCCAAAGUUCCUGGCCGUCAUUGUGGAGUCCAGCGGGGGCGGAGCCUUCCUCGUCCUGCCCCUCUCUAAGAUGGGUCGUCUGGAUAAGAACCACCCGUUGGUGACUGGCCAUACUGGGCCUGUCCUGGACAUCGACUGGUGCCCUCACAACGACAACAUCCUGGCAUCCUGCUCAGAAGACACCACAGCCAUGGUGUGGCAGAUCCCUGACCAGAUGGGGACCCGGCCCAUAUCAGAGCCCAUCGUGGUCCUGGAGGGACACUCCAAGCGCGUCGGCAUUGUCACCUGGCACCCCACCGCACGCAACAUACUACUCACUGCAGGCAGUGAUAACCUGAUAAUAAUCUGGAACGUGGGAACUGGCGAGGCGCUCAUCUCCAUGGACGACCACCCAGACCUCAUCUACAACGUCAGCUGGAACCGUAACGGCAGCCUGUUCUGCACUACCUGUAAAGACCGACGCCUCCGUGUAUGUGACCCCCGCAAGAGAGAGGUGGUCGCGGAGAGGAUGGCUCCACACGACGGGAUCCGACCGAUGAGGGCCAUCUUUACCAGAGACGGAAACCUGUUCACUACCGGCUUCACCAGGAUGAGUCAGAGAGAGCUGGGCUUGUGGGACCCGACAAGUUUUGAGGAGCCCAUUGCACUGCUGGAGUUGGAUACAAGUAACGGUGUGUUGUUACCGUACUACGACCCAGACACCAACAUGGUUUACCUCUGUGGAAAGGGGGACAGUAGUAUCCGGUACUUUGAGAUAACAGAGGAGCCUCCCUAUGUCCACUACCUCAGUACCUUCAGCAGCAAGGAGCCUCAGAGGGGGAUGGGCUUCAUGCCUAAGAGAGGGGUGGACGUCAGCAAGUGUGAGAUCGCCAGGUUAUAUAAGCUUCAUGACAAGAAGUGUGAGCCCAUCGCCAUGACAGUACCUAGAAAGUCAGACCUGUUUCAGGAUGACUUGUAUCCAGACACGGCGGGUUCAGACCCAGCUCUGGAGCCAGAGGAGUGGCUGGAGGGGCGAGACGAGGACCCCACCCUCCAGUCCUUGAGAGAUGGCUAUGUUCCCCCUAAGAGCCGCGAGCUCAAAGUGGCCAAGAAGAACGUUCUGGACUCCAGACCCACCACCAGACGCAGCAUGUCCUCCUGCGACGGCUCAGCCAACCUGCCUCCUCAGUUGGUAGAGCGGUUGUUGGAAGAAGUUCAGAAUCUCAAGGCAACAGUUCUGUCUCAGGAGAAGAGAAUCUGUGACCUUGAGAAUAAACUCUCCAAGUACACCAACGGCACAGCCUAAUACACACACACACACACACACACACACACACACACACACACACACACAAACA